GCAGGGCCGCAGGGCCGCAGGGCGGUUCCGUGAGGUCGGGCGCCCGGUGCCCUCGGGCGAGCUGGGGUGGAGCGUCCGCCCCGGGGACCGCGGAGCGCCGAGGCACGUUGGUUGGGCGGUCCCGGUUAACAUGAAAGCCGUUUGGGCUCCCAGCCUGAGGACAGUGUCAGACCCGACCUAGCAAGGUGGCCUGGCGCUAAAGGAAGGAAUCCCUGAUCCUCGGGAGCGUGGAUAAAGGCGCCGGGCUGUGGAAGCGAUGUCCUCGGAGGAUUCCUUAUUGAUAAUGAUGGAUGACGUGGGAAUUAAGUUGCUUUUACAGAAUUAACAGGUCUCCAAGAAAUAAAAGGAAAAGGUCAUUAUUGCUGUGGUUUGAGCUCAGCAUGGCUGUAGUCAUCCGUUUACUGGGGCUUCCUUUUAUUGCGGGGCCUGUGGAGAUCCGUCACUUCUUCAAGGGAUUGAGCAUUCCUGAUGGAGGAGUGCAUAUAAUUGGAGGGAAAGUGGGGGAGGCUUUUAUUAUUUUUGCAACAGAUGAAGAUGCAAGACGCGCCAUAAGCCGCUCAGGAGGGUUUAUCAAGGACUCUUCUGUGGAGCUUUUUCUUAGUAGCAAGGUAGAAAUGCGGAAGACGAUAGAAAUGAAAAGAACUGUUCAUGUAGGAAGAGGGCGCCUGGGAUCUGGGGCAUCCGGGGUUGGCAACCUUUACCAUUUUAUUGAUGCUUUGAAGGAAGAGGAAAGUUAUUCUGGAUAUGGCUCUUCAGUUAAUCAAGAUUCUGGGUUUCAUGCUAAUGGUACAGGACUUGAUUUAAGGCCAAGAAAGACCAGGCCGUCAAAGGCUGAGAAUCCUUACUUGUUUCUACGAGGUUUGCCUUACUUAGUAAAUGAAGAUGAUGUACGUGUCUUUUUCUCUGGUUUGUGUGUGGAUGGAGUAAUUUUCUUGAAACAUCAUGAUGGCCGAAAUAAUGGUGAUGCGAUAGUAAAAUUUGCUUCGUGUAUUGAUGCUUCAGGAGGUCUUAAGUGCCAUAGAAGUUUCAUGGGUUCAAGAUUUAUAGAAGUCAUGCAGGGCUCAGAAGAACAGUGGAUUGAACUUGGUGGUAAUGCAGCCAAGGGUGGUGACAUUCCUCGAAUGAGAGCUGAAGAACAUUCUCCUUCAAGAAGGAUUAGUGAUAGACAGCUGCGGAAACGGUCUCAUUCAAAGUCUCCUAGAACACGCUCUCGCUCUCCUCUUGGAUUUUAUGUUCACUUAAAAAAUCUGUCUUUAAAUAUUAACAAAAGAGAUUUAAGAAAUCUUUUUAGAGAUACUGACCUGACUAAUGAACAGAUUAAAUUUUUAUAUAAAGAUGAACGAAGAACACGGUAUGCCUUUGUGAUGUUUAAAAAUCUAAAAGACUAUAAUACUGCCCUGGGUUUGCAUAAGACUGUUUUACAGUAUCGUCCCGUUCUUAUUGAUCCAAUUUCUAGAAAGGAAAUGAUGAAAUUCAUCGAAUGCUAUGAAAAGAAGAGACCAGGGUCUGUAGAGAGAGAGAGGCCUGGGCGCGUUUCACAGAAGUACGCUGAAGAAGGCUAUUCUGGUCGGAAGCUGUGCAUAUACAUACGAAAUUUUCCAUUUGAUGUUACAAAAGCUGAAGUACUGAAGUUCUUUGCAGACUUCUCUCUUGUUGAGGGUGACAUUUAUUUGCUCUAUGAUGACAAGGGAGUUGGUUUGGGAGAAGCACUGGUGAGAUUUAAAUCAGAAGAACAGGCCGUGAAAGCCGAACGUUUAAACCGACGAAGAUUCUUAGGUACGGAGGUGUUGCUAAGACUUAUAUCUGAGGUACAAAUGCAGGAGUUUGGUGUGAAGUUUUCCUUCAAUGAGAAGACACAAGCCCGUUCCCAGUCACAUGAUGGAGAUGACCAUUCCCAUCUGUUUGACUUAAAAGAUCCACAGGUAUGUUCAUUUGGCCCAUCUGAAAGCGUUCAUUAUCAGCCAAAAGAUGUAAAGAAAAUGGGUAAUUUCAAGCAUCCCCACAAGUAUUUCCAACAGCCUGACAGGCACCCUCCAGAGGACUUCCGCCGCUCCCCUGAGGACUUCAGGUUCCCUCCAGAGGACUUCAGGCACUCCCCAGAAGACUACAGGCUCCCCCGGGGGGAACAUGGCAGGCGCUCCAGGGAGGAAGACUGGAGACGGUCUCUUGAGGAUUGGAAAUGGCCACCGGAAGAUGAUUUCAGGCAGUCCUAUGAAAAAGAUCUUAGGCAUCCACCAGAGGAAGAUUUCAGUUGCCCUUGGGAGGAGGACUUCAGACGACCACCACAGGAGCAUUUCAGGAGGUCAUCCCAGGAGCACCUCAGAAGGCCACCCCAGGAACAUUUCAGGCAUUCCCGAGAAGAUCAUUUCAGGCAUAUGGCGGAUGAAGACUUCAGGCACCAUUCUGAUGAGGACUUCAGGACCUCCCAAGAAGAUCUGAGAGGUCCCACUGAUGAGGACUUCAGGCAGCUUUCUGUGGAAGACCUCAGGGAAACCCCAGAGGAGGACUUUAGACUUCCUGAUAAUCUUAGACCUCCCGGAGAGGAUCUUUGGACCACAUCUGAUUUCAGGGGUCACCAUCCUUUUGUGAACUUUGGUCACCUAGAAGGUGGAAAGUUUGCUCUUGGAAAGUAUAAUAUGGGAAGUUUUCCUGAGGGAAAAUUUAUGCCUGAUCUAAAAUUAAAUUGUGGUUCAGGUAGAAUAACUCCUAUUAAGAUCAUGAAUCUUCCAUUUAAAGCUAAUGCUAAUGAAAUUUUAGACUUUUUCCAUGGUUAUAAAGUCAUACCUGAUUCAGUUUCAAUACAGUAUAAUGAGCAAGGAUUACCUAUAGGAGAAGCAAUUGUUGCUAUGAUAAAUUAUAAUGAAGCUAUAGCUGCUAUUAAAGAUCUAAAUGGUAGACCAGUUGGUCCCCGCAAAGUUAAGCUCAGUUUGCUUUAGAGAGCCUUUGUAAGUCCAUAGUUUUCCCCACAGUAUUGAUGCCAUGAAGAUACAGUUUUUAUUAAGUUUAUUUUAAUUAUCUAAUUAAAAUUUUUAAUUUUGACCUGUGAAUAGGAAAAAUGUGUUAUAUAAAUCUGGGUUUUCUCUAGCUUACAAAUGGACAUUCUUUCCCCCCUAAUUUAAAAUUACAUAUGCUGUUUUCUUUGAUAGGGGAGAGAACAACUUUCCUGAAUUAUUUACUUUCAUUGAUGUUAUGGAUAAACUUCAGAGACUUGUAAAAAGUGGAGUUAUGUUUGGGAAAGUAAAUUAUCUUUGAUUUUUUUUUUGAUAUCUUUUACUCAGACUGUAUAAGGAAAUGAUGGAUGACUGAUCCAGGUUUGCCAGUUAUUGCUGCUUGCCUGCAGAACUCCCAUUUGUCUGAGAUAUUGUGUUAAGGUCUCCUAUAUACCCUAUAUAGUUCAGAAAAAUAAACAUACUGUGUGAACUUGAAAUUUACUUAUGUGAAAGGCUUAGGAAGUUCUCAAAAUUUGUGUUCAGAACAUUGAAAAGUUUUAUAAAAAUAAAAUAUCAACUGAAAUACUUAUUAACUUGUAUUUGUAUAACAAGAACAAGGACAAAAGAAUUGCCACCGGGUAUUAUAGAGUUCCCCGACAGCUAUAAAAGUAUGUGGUGAGCAGGACGAAAUAAUCUGUAACUAGCGUACACUUCUGUGAUUUCUUCAACAUCAGUUUGACGCUAAGCACUGGGACCUAGUGCUUGUCCUAACUACAUUGCUAAGACGACACAAAAUGUUCAGAAGACUCUAAAGUAAUUUGUUAAGGGCAAACGGGGGAACUCUGAGGCUGGGAAGAAUAUGAUAACAGGAUAUAGUUUUUCUCAGAAGAAUUUACUGGUGAUUCAUUAUAUUAGGUUCUCUUUUUAGCUUCAAAAGUUUAUAUCUACUCAGACUCACUAAAUACAAGAUUUCUGGGUUUUGACUUCUUUGGCACUCAAUAUUUAUAUUUUGCUUAUACUCAGAUUUUCCUUAUCUACAAAAACAGAAGUAGCUGACAAUGGGUACCUUCAUCGGGCACUAAGCACUUUAUAUGUAUGAUCUCAGUGUUUAUCAUCGUUUACAAAGAAGAAGUAAAGUUUAGAGAGGUUAAACAAGUUGCCUGAAGUCCGACUAAGUUAGGCAACCCAUUUCAACCCCAGAAGACCCCUGAUUCCACCCUGUCCAUAAAUAUUUUUGCUGUGUCACUUUCUUACAUGGUAUUUUUAACUUCAGUAAGGCAAUGAUAAAAAUAUUUCCAGAAGUAAAUACUUUGUUUGCUUUUAAAGUUGCAUUUAAAGAACGAUAAAAGUGAUUCUUAAACAUUGUUAGCUAAAUUAAAGAGAAGGUAACUUAAGAGUUUAUAGUUUCUCUUGGGAUACAUUAUAUAUAUAUAUUGGUUUCCAAUUCAAAAUUCAUUUUCUCUAACUUGAUUUAUGAUUUUAUAGUUGAUAUGAAACAAAGUUUUACCCACUUCCUUCAUCCAGACAUUUCCCACACUGAGUAAUUGUGAAUAAACUUUUUUUCAUAUGUUGUAUCAUUUAGCUACUGCAGAAGAAUAGUUUCCGUAUCCUGAAUUAACAUUCAGUGAUUUAAAGAAUUUGAAAGCCUGCAUAAGUUGUUUUUAAUAGUUAAUAUCCUACUUAAUAGGAUAAAUUGGUAAAUUUUGUUAAAAAAAAACACAUCGUAAGUCUUAAAACUAGUAAGGUUUUACAGAUGGAAUGAAAAAUUUGGAAUACCUAAGCCAAGCACAAUGAUACAACUGAUAUAAAGCUUAAAGUGAAAGAUUAUUGACUAUGUAAUUGUCUCUCAAACUGGGCUAGGGUGGGAUAGUGAUGGAGAGAGACAGCGGCUAAACAAAGGCAUUAUUGUCUUUUCAUUUUCUUAAUAUUUUAUAUGUGUGGGUGCUUUUGCAUGUAUGUAUGUAUGUGUGUGCACAUGUCUGUAGAGCUAAGAGGGUGCAUCAGUCCUGGAACUGGAGCUACAGACAGUUGUGAGCCGCCUUGUGGGUGCUGGGAGUGAACCUCUCCAAGACCAGUCUGUGCUCCUAACUGCGGAGCCAUUUCUCCAGUCCUGUGCCUUGAUUUUCAAAUUAAGCGGCUAUUUUAUUUCCUCUCAGUUGUCAGGUUUAAUAUAUAUUGAUUGGUGUGUUUGUAUGGAGGCUGGAGGUUGAUGAUGUUGUCCUGCUCCAACACUACACUUUGUGAGACAAGGUCUCUUGCUAAAGCUGGAAUUGACCAGUUUGCUUGAUUGACUACCCUGCAUUUCCCUUUCCUCCCCAGUUCUUCCUAGAUUUGCCUCCUCAGCACUUUCAGGUCCUUCUGGAUGUGCAGCAAACACUGAGGCAUCUCCCUCAGCUCCAGGCUUAAUAUUUUGUAAACUUCAUUAUAAAAAUUUAUUAUAGAAAACUUGUUCCCUAAAUAGUAGUAUGGGAGUUAUUUGUCCACAUCUCUUUCUAAUACUGUCUUGAGUACAUGCUGAUUUAACUUCAAGUGGCCAUGAUAGUAGCUGCUAUUUAUAUCAUGGAACUUAGUAAAUGCAGCAAGUCAACAGUAUUCCCUUUGUCAGCUGUAGGGAACUGUACACUGCAGUUUCACACACAUGGAAGAAUAGUCCUAAAGCCUCAUGUUUUCAUUGACCAGUCUAGCGACAGUAGGUGCACUAGGACUGUAUGUAUUCUUUUAACAAGACACCCAGUGUUGAUUUGCAUUCAAGUCAUACUUUGUUUUUCUAUUCAGAAUGUAUAUAAAACAUAUCCAGGAAGUAAAUACAUAAAACCAUCCUAGAAGUGUUCAUCUACCAAGCAGCUGAGAAUGUUUGCAGUGGAUUUUGAUCUGAUUACCUGUUAAGCAGUGACUUCACCACUUUUAUUUUUAUAUUACAUAUUAGCUGUUGAUGUUCGUAACUAUCAAUUAUGAUAAUUUUUGUUAGGGAUGCUAAACUAUUGGCUAUUUAACAUGGGAUCUUAGCCUGUUUUUUAGUGGUGUGGGAUUGUACCCAGGGCUUUGAUCAUGGGAGGCCAGUGCUAACCCCUUCAUUUCCUUAAAUGUAGUUACGUCCUAACUGGGUGUGUAAAUUGUCAUACAACUGCCUUGUUUUUGCCUCACUGCCCACAAAAUGUGAUAUGCCUUUUGUUUUUAUAAACCUACAUGUAUGUAAGUAA